UUCAAAUGUCAAGCUGUCAAAUUAAAAACAGAGUAUACAACACAUUUUGUAUAUUUUUCAAUUCUAUCAUUAAAAAGUGGGAGGAUUAAAUAUUAGAUUGAAUACGAAAUCUGGGUAUUUCGUUACUUACAUCAAUUACAACUUCAAUUUGUUUAUAUUGGGACUAUUAAUCAUCUAAUUACAAUGUUAGUCCUGGUGCUUGGAGAUCUGCACAUUCCACACAGAUGCAGCAGUCUGCCACCAAAGUUCAAAAAGCUACUACUGCCAGGCCGCAUCCAGCACAUCCUGUGUACAGGCAAUCUUUGCACUAAGGAGUCAUAUGAUUACUUGAAGACAUUGGCCAGUGAUGUUCAUGUUGUUAGAGGGGAUUUUGAUGAGAAUUCAACAUAUCCAGAACAGAAAGUGAUAACAGUAGGCCAGUUCCGUAUUGGACUGAUUCAUGGUCACCAGGUGGUGCCUUGGGGAGACGAGGAAUCCCUGGCGCUGGUGCAAAGACAGCUUGACGUUGACAUCUUGAUAUCAGGUCACACACACCGCUUUGAAGCCUAUGAGCAUGAGAAUAAAUUUUACAUCAACCCUGGAUCUGCUACUGGAGCUUAUAGUCCACUGUUCAGGAAUCCAACACCAUCUUUUGUACUGAUGGACAUACAGAGCGCUACAGUUGUAACAUAUGUGUACAAACUAUUAGGUGAUGAGGUCAAAGUUGAAAGGAUUGAAUACAAGAAAGCAUAGUUAUAAUAAUCCUGUGUUUAGUACAGUCAGGGAAACUGACGAUGUUCCACCUUAAAACGAUGACGCGAAUACAAUAACCAAUCGGACGCAGCUUUAAUGUGUGCAUACAAAAAAGGUUUGGUCAGUGGUAGCAACUAAUUGCAUUUAACUAAUAGCCCGUUUGCGCAACUCAGUACUACCUAAAUGUUUAUUUAUAAAAGAGCUGAGCUUGUCUUAAUGCAAGAAAUAAUUUAUUUCUGUAAGUGGAUCAUCGUGGAUUUCCUCAACUGUAUAAUUAAGCAAUAUGUUAUGUAUUAAAAAUAAUAUAUAUAAUAGAGUAAACUGAUAUGAUAUAGAUUUGAAUGUUUUUCUAUUUUAUGACAAAUUAUAAAUAUAAAGGCUUGUAAAUAAAAUUGAAAUAUCAGAUCACAAUCUAACUUUACAUACAAAUUACGAUAAUUUCAGAUGUAUUUGAAAGCUAUUUAUAUUCUUUUAAUGUUUGUUUUGUAUUAGUUGGAAUAUCUGCUUGUUUAUAUAUAUUUAUUUCAUAAAAAAUAUAGAGAAUUGAAGAAAUUAAAUUUUAUUCAAUGUGUUACAUGGAAUUGUAACAAAUGGUUAAAACAUUCAUUGUCUUAUCAUAUUCAUUGUAACAAUUUAAUGAAAAUUU